GGCGGCGGCGCGCGCGGCGUAGAAGCUCGGCGCCAGAUAACAACCUGGUUUUCCUUAUGUUAAAUACGGCAUCUGGCUGAUGAGCAGGGUUGUGAGGCCGCCGAGUGAGGCAGAGGUGUGGACCUGGGAAACAGAGGACGAUGACAUGGCAGAAGGCGACUUAGGGUAUGGCCUCGGAAGAAGGCCCGGCGGUAUUUACGAAGUGCAAGUUUCACACCUAUCGACAUCAAGAAAAAGAUCUGAUGGCAAGAACUUCAGCCCGCCCCCACUUCCAGGAAAGGGGGAAGAAAGAAGUGGUGCCAUUUUUCAGUAUUCCAGGCAUAAGAGCUUGCAAGAUACAUACCCUGCAGAGCCCAGAACUUCCCACUACGCACGACAGAGUAGCAGUGUAGAUUCUAAUUCAGAAUUGUCAAAUGUAGAAUUAAAGCGACGUCUUCAGGAUACUCUAGAGGAGGUAGAAAUUUUAAAAACUGAACUUGAGGCAUCUCAAAGACAACUAGAAGGUAAAGAGGAAGCACUAAAAAUUCUUCAAAGCAUGGCAAUUUUUGGCAAAGCCACAAGUCACACCCAAAUGAUGCUGCAAAAAACUAUGGAACAAAAGAGAUCCUUGGAGAAGGAAAUAAAUGCCUUGCAGUGGGAAAUAGAGUUUGAUCAGAAUAGAUUUAAAAAUAUAGAGGAAUCAUGGACCCAAAAAUAUGACAGGCUAAACUGUGAAAAUGCAGUCCUCCAAGAAACUUUAAAUGUAAAAACAGAAGAAAUUAAAAUGCUCAAGUCGGAAAAUGCACUUUUAAAUCAACAGUAUUUAGAGGCCCUCGCCAUGCUUGAUGUCAAACAGCAGAUGGUGGCUCCGGAAAACGUGUGCCAUGAUAAAAGUGGUUUUACAGAGGUUUCAGGUCUUGAGGUAGGUAAGCAGCUUGCUGUCCUCGGAGCCUGCCUUUGCCAUGGCCCUAGAGGGAGGCCCUGUGAUUGUGCCAAAAUGGCAGCGUCUGCUCGCAGAAUGCUUCUUAAGCUCAAACAGGAGUUGGGACUUUUGCAGAAGAGUAAAGAAGAAGCUUACAUAAUGGCAGAUGCAUUCAGAAUCGCAUUUGAGCAACAAUUAAUGAGGAAAAAUGACCAGGCACUGAGAUUGACACAAAUGGAUAAAAUGUAUACAAAAGCAACAAAAUGGAUAAAUUGGAAGCACCUUAAGGAGGAUGGGUUACCAUCACAAGGAAGUAAGAAGACCUUAGGGCAGAAACUGCUGGGGAUGCUCCCUUCAGAAAACAGUUCUAAGAAGACCGAUGACCAGAAUAACCCUCAGGAGGUCUUUAAGAUGCUAACAGAGUUGUUGAAUGAUAAAGAAGAAGCUCUGGCUCAUCAAAGAAAAGUUAGUUACAUGCUUGCUCGGGCACUGGAAGAGAGAGACACCACCUCAAAUGAGAAUAAAGAAAAAAGUCCCCUGAAAGACAAUUUUCCAUUAAAAAACCUCUGGGGGAAAUCUUCAGAAUUCCCUGAACUGCAUGAUCCUGUAUAUUCAAGUGUUCAAAUUUUAAAUUCUGCGGGCUGCAUUUGUUCAAUCCAGCACCUUCACAGAGAUCAAAACUGCACAAGAACUCUCAAAAGAUCCUGUUCUUUGCCAUCAAAUAUCAUAUUUUGAAAAUAAACCAGUUGAAAUCAGAACCAAGAGCUGUUUCUAUCAAGAGACUUUAAAAAAGGACUUAACAAAUGUUGCUACAUCAUUAGAAGUUGUGCAGCUUAAAUACUCAAACAUUUUCUACAAGAAAUUUAUUAGUAUUAUGUUGACAUUUUAUAAAUUACAUUACCAUACCUUAUUAUAUUUUCAGUAUUUGCCAACAUCUUAAAAACAACAAAAUGAUUUUUGAGAAAAAUAGUUACUUACUUAGAUUGACUAAAGGGAUCUUUGACUGGCUUAAGUAACAAUAUAAAUUAAUGCUCUAAGAAGUAACAAUGCCUAGGAGUGACUGAAUGUUAAUUUUUAGAUUACAUAUAUUUUGUUUUAUUGUAUUUUUCAGGAUUUUUCAUUUGCCACAGAAAGUUUAAUAAUUUCCUUAACUUCAAUUAAAAAGUUAUUAUGGUGGGACUUUGGCAGAAGUAUAUUCAAAACAUUGUUAGUUACCUUUAUAGCUUCUUUUUUUGUUGGGGUGGUGACACUUUGUAGCCAGACCUACACAUAAUUCUAGCACUCACACCAUUCUGAUUUACCUUCUUGGUUUUGAUGCUGAAUUUUAAGCCAUUUAAUUUUUUCUUUCUUUCUAUAAAUGUUACAUAGUAAAGAUCUUUAAUAACUUCUGGGAUUGUUGCUAUAUUAAUAACAUCACAUGUCAAAGGAACUGUAUUACAUUAUCAGAAAUUUUAAUAAAACUUUUAUCUAGUUAUGAUCUCUAGUAAAAAAGAUACAUACAUGGCUUGGCUACGUUAACUACUACUUAAAUAGAUGAGGUAACAACAGGGUAAAAUGAGGUAACAACGAAGUAUAAACUAUUGUGUUAAAGCAACACCAUUUAGUUGGAAUUAAUAAAUAUUAAUAAAAGAUGAAAACUUGGCAAAUAAAUUUUGCAAAAAGGAGUAAUGAUGAGGAACUACUGUUACUAGAUAUUAAAAAUGCAUUGUCCUGAUAGUAAUAUAAAGCUACAUUAUUUAAAACAAUGUGGUACCAGUAGGUCAAUGGAACAGGAUAAAGACCACACACAGAUUUAAUACAUGUAAUGAUUUAAUAUGUGUAAUGAUUUAAUAUGAAAUAAAAGGUAAGAAAAGGAAAGAUUUGGUAAUGCUCAACAAUAACAAACCUGGAAGUGUAAAAAAAAAAAAAAUCAAAUAAAAAAGGUUCUU